AUGGUCGACCGCGCAAACAAGCCUUCCGCCCUGGCCGCCACGCCCGGUCUACCCCCCCAGGCCCAGGUGACCAUCUCGGAUGGAAACUCUCGUGUCAAGGCGACACUCCCGACCGGCGAGUCGAUCGAAGUUCUCCUCCACGGUGCCACGGUUCUCAGCUGGAAGGAUGCCGCGGGUGACGAGAAGCUGUGGCUCAGCGAAGCGGCCAAACUUGACGGCUCCGGUGCCGCGCGCGGUGGUAUCCCUAUUGUCUUUCCGGUCUUUGGCACAGACGCCGGUCAUGCCGUAGGCAGUCUCCCCCAACACGGCUUCGCGCGCAACUCGCGGUGGGAGUUCCUCGGAAAGUCGACGACCGAGGGCACUACAACGGCGGGUGUGAAGCUCGACUUUGGCCUGUCCUCCGAGACACUGGACGAGUCCACGCGCAAGCAGUGGCCCUACUCGUUUGGCCUUGUGUACAGCGUCACUCUCGACCGUGACAACCUCAACACGACCCUCGUUAUCACAAACGACGGCGACCAACCCUUCGAGUUCCAGACCCUGCUGCACAAUUACUUCCGUGUCGCCGACAUCGAGUCUGUCUCCGUCGCGGGCGUUGAGGACUCUCCCUACAUCGACAAGGUCGACUCGGCCAAGACCAAGACUCAGUCCUCAGGCCCCGUCACCUUCGCCGGCGAGACCGACAGCGUUUACACCCCCAUCAAGGGUGCCUCGAACCCCCUCGUCAUCAGCGAAGCCGGAAAGCCCAAGUUCCGCAUCAUCCGCGACAACCUCGACGACGCGGUCAUCUUCAACCCUUGGAUCGACAAGUCCAACGGCAUGGCUGACUUUGCCCCCAAGGGCGACUGGAAGCGCAUGGUCUGCGUCGAGCCCGGAAGUGUCACCAAGUGGCAGACGCUCGAGAAGGGCGACGUCUACCAAGCUGCUCAGACUAUUUACCUCAUCUAA